CUCAAAAAGAAAAUAGUGAAAGAAAAGGUCUUACUUAGCCAUAACCAUGAAGGGUUUUUCCUGCAUUGCCGUUGUUCUUCUCAUUGUUCUUUUUGUUCCCGCAGUCAUGUCUGCAAGGCACAUUGCUUGGCAAAGCUCACAUCAUGGCCACCACCACCAUGCAACAAUGCCUAGCAAUGGAGGUGGGUUGAAGGUGAAAGUGAAACUCAAUGUUGACGUGGAGAGAGGAACGAUGAAGCAUCGGAUAGCAGACACGUUACAAAUUGCAGGGUCAAGCUUGCCGGAUUGCUCUCAUGCUUGUGGCUCGUGCUCACCAUGUCGACUAGUCAUGGUGAGCUUUGUCUGUGCCUCACUUGCAGAAGCUGAGACAUGUCCUAUGGCCUAUAAAUGCAUGUGUAACAAGAAGUCUUACCCUGUUCCAUAAAAUAAUAAUGAUAAAAAAAAAUAAAAAUGCCAAAGGUUAUCAUCAUUUGCAAAAUGGUAGUCCUAGUCCAUCUUCUUCUUCUUCUUCCUUUGUAAUGUAGUCAAGGCUUCCUAUGUGUAAUCAAAGAGUUUCUAAUUUAUUUUAUU